AUGAAUCAACAGGUACAAUUGGCAAGAGGUUAUCAGCAAUUAACUUGGAAAAUACCGAAGACAACCGAAGAAAGUAUCGUCAACUCCUCUUCACCACCAAUUCUGAACUUGGCAACAACAUCAGUGGCGUCAUUCUCUAUCAUGAGACGUUUUAUCAGAAGAAACAUGGGCAUCAUUCCUGGAAUCAAAGUUGACAAGGGGGUUGUUCCAUUGAUGGGCACAUUUAAUGAAUGCACUACUCAAGGUCUGGAUGGAUUGGCGGAACGUUGUGCUGAAUACAAAAAAGGAGGUGCCCAGUUUGCCAAAUGGCGCUGCGUACUGAAGAUUGGACCUCACACCCCUUCCUACCAAGCUAUGAUGGAAAAUGCUAAUGUUCUUGCUCGUUAUGCAAUGAUCUGCCAACAGAAUGGUCUUGUGCCCAUUGUAGAACCUGAAGUACUUCCAGAUGGUGAUCAUGACUUAGCAACUUCUCAGAAAGUUACAGAACAGGUUUUGGCUUUUACCUACAAAGCCUUGGCUGAUCACCACAUUUUUCUUGAAGGCACAUUGUUGAAACCCAACAUGUGUACGGCUGGACAAAGCUGCAGUGCAAAAUUCACUCCUCAGCAAAAUGCUUUGGCCACUGUAACAGCUCUCAGGAGAUCUGUCCCAGCUGCAGUCCCUGGUAUUACUUUCUUGUCUGGGGGUCAGUCUGAAGAGGACGCUACCAUCAAUUUGAAUGCUAUUAACAACUGUCCAUUGGGUAAACCAUGGGUUCUAAGCUUUUCCUAUGGCCGAGCUCUCCAGGCCAGCGUAUUGAAAGCCUGGGAAGGCAAAGAUGAAAAUGUAAAGAAGGGACAGGAACAGCUUCUGAUCAGAGCCAAGGCCAAUGGUCUGGCAGCUUUGGGCAAAUAUGGUGGUUCUUCAGAUUCUGCUGCAGCAUCAGAAUCUCUCUACAUCAAGAAUCAUGCUUACUAA